UAGCCGACAAAUACCCAGCUGUGAGCUUUGCCCUACUCGCGAUUUGUAUGCAAAUGGAGUACGAGGUUACCUCCAGGAUGAGUCCACAACGGCUCGAUUACAUGAUUGACUCCCUGCGUGUUCAAUGCUUGAAGGACAUCCCUGCAUUAACAUGGAAAUCGUGUGAGACUAAAAUCGAUCACGCUAAAGUCCUUGUUCUAGUGAGCCACUUUUGGUGCAUGAAGGAAGAUCUAGCUUUGAUUGCGGAUCGAUGGAACUCGCUUGCCAGCCUAAUCAACAUGGAGGCAAUGAGGGUACGAUCGAACGCGCAAACAGACCGCGAGACCGAUGAUACAUGAACCCUGAUGUUACUCCAUUAUCGGCACAGACCUGUCUCUGAACGCGCAUGGGUACCCAAAACGAAGCCUCGAAGCCCACUCGUCCAGGCUCCUUUGAAGAAAACCUAUUUCGGACUUCUUCGUCCAUUAAUUCGACUUCUUAGAGUGGUGCUACAAGACUCUGAUCCCGGCGACAGCGAUGUCAGAGAUGGUCUCGAGCAGUACUACCUAUGUUUCCCUUCCGAUGGCUUGUGUUACGAUUCCAUCAGAUACAUUUAUGAAGCCGAGGCCAUGAUUUGGGUUCACGGCAUUUAUAUCUUGACUUAUGUACCCAGGGACCUGAGCAUUCUACUGCAAGACGAUCACCUGCCUUCGCAAUCGGAUUUUUACUCGGGCUGCGAGCAUUCGCUCCUUUUAGCGGAGGUGAUUCCCACUCUGCUGAGACUGGACCCUGAGCUUCGAUACUGCUCACCAGCUACGGUCCAAUUCGUCUUGAUAUCCUCUACCUUGACCUGUACCGCUCUACGCCAAUUUUGUCCAUCACUUGAUCUAGGGUUCUCCAGACUACUGUCUCCCCAGCCUCCAGAGAACCUAUUGACCAGUGCGAGGCUUCAUUCUCGAUUUCUGCGGUGUCUUUGCAAGCCUGCAACCAGAUUUAGUAGUAAUCUCACCCAAGCGGUCCUUGAUAUCCUUGACAGACUACUUAGCAGAGAUUGUGAGUGCCAAGACGCUGGCUUGGCCGAAGCAUUAUCUGUUCUCUCGCGUUAUAGGUGGCGCGCCAACGGCAGUGGUAUCAUCCCAAGUUCGGACGACGUGGCUCUUAGCGAGGUAGGUCCGAAUCACUUGCAACCCCGACCAUCUCUCCGACUACCCGCGCUGGCCAAUGCGAAGGAUAUCGCAGGUAGACGGGCCGCGAUUGAAGCUAUAUGUCGCGCAGAUGUGAGGGUCUGCACCUCAGGUUGCUUCGAUCUAAAUAUUCGCUUUCUAUCACCUCCUCGACAUGGCGCUGAAGAUUUAUUAUCAUCGCCAGUUAUCUCUGUGGGCUUUCGUCUUAAUAGUGUCGACAACCAGCUGCUGCGUAAAGUAAUCAGACGCUGUCGUGUUGCAUUCGAAGCCGGCUUCGACUCAGGAUCGCACAUGGUCAAUCUGCUACUUCCCCAUGCUCUUAAGUGGCCUGCAAUCCUGCACGGCAUGCUAUCACUAUCGACGACUCAUUCGUGGAGAGCUCUACCGGAGCUUAUACAUCACCAAGAAACUCUCCGUGCGUUGAGCGAGGAAUCUGAAUUGGUACAGAAUGGAUUUUACGAGGUGGACAAAGUUGUGGGAGUGCUUGGUUGCCAGUUCCUCCUCAGCAUGUUCGCACUUUCCGAGUGCAACGAAUGGUGGGCCCACCACAACCGGGGCAUGAUUGACGUUGUUCGUGCCGCCGCUUGGGAUGAGCUGCAAGCCUCAUCACUAGGCUGCUUUCUCAGUGGUGUCUGCGCCAUGUCUGAUAUCUCGGUAUUUUCUAUAGGCGGUAGCAGGCCCUCUCAGUGGUGCUGGCUCGAGUGGAUGAUACCUCAAGAUGUCCACACUAGACCGACGGCCUGCCCCCUUGACUCGAUUACAGGGUAUCCAAGAUCGCUGAUAGAUAUCAUUGCACGAGUUGCUGCGAGCGCUGACAUGCAUUGCAAUGAAGACGUCCAGUGGAACGUACGCCCAAACACGUUUCCGACGACUGCAGAACUCGAAGGAUUGCUUCAAAGCUGGAAAGCCCCUCCAAGCUCUCCACAAACGGAUCCGUAUAUGAAAUUGAUCAUCAAGACAACCUGGGACUGUAUACGUAAGGCUGCUUCGAUCCUGCUGUGGCGGGGUAAAGGAUUUCAUUCAAACAUUCUGACGGAAUAUCCGCGGGAGCGAAAGCCCGAUAGAGAUUUGUUCGUAAACGAGAUCCUGUCUGAUCUUCAAGCCGUUUUCGAAAUGGUUCGAGGAAGGCAAAUCUCUAUAGGAAAUCUGACGCUGUGGGCACUUACCGUCGUUGGGUGCGAGUGUGGGCGUCGCUCUGGUGUCAAACGCAGUCGCGACGUAGCGGCACUACUGCGAGUACUGGGUCGCGACUUCGCUAUGGACCAUGCGCUUCGAGUCCAUGCCAUGCUUGAAGCCUUAUGGGAUGCAGAGAGCAAGGUACCCGACAGCGGUAUUGAUCUAGCCGUUGAGGGACGAUAUCUCAGUCUUGAAACUGUUACCCGAGAGCAGAAGUUAGAGAUUUUGUUAUUAUGAGUUCGGAGUAGGCUCAAUCGCUGCGUUGAAAUGAUAUGGGUAAGAUGAUAUUGGCUGGCAUACGAGGCUAUGAUGUAUGUGUCAGCAAUGUUGCUAUUCAUUGUGUCAUAUGACCGUCAACUCUCGUGUUACUUGGGUUGAACAG